GUCAAUGUUAAAAUGUACAGUUAAUUAUGUAUCAUUUCUUGUAGACUGUACACAAAUCUCUCUCUCUCUAGCUCUUUUUAUUAGCAACAUGUCAUGUGACUUCCAUUACAUUUUUUUACACUCAAUUAUUAUAAAUAACUUUUAUAAUAAGAAGAACAAAGGCACAGAUUAAUAAAUAAAGGAACAAUGUCCUCUGAGUUCUACCAGCUUCCUGAUUGAAUGUGAGUCACAAAGUGCGAGCCAUAAUUUCACAUCCUUACGAACAAUGUCACAUAUAGUUAUUGCGAAAUAUGACGUCUUGCUUGAAAGUGAUUGGAUACUUAAAACAUUCUUUCAACUGCAGUGCACCACAGACAGACAACAGAGACACCAAUGGAGACGCAUAUCAGAGCAACUACUCAACUACUAGUCACUGAAGUUAGAAUCAUACAGUAGAUAUUACCAUUAGGAGUCAGUUAGAAAGGUAAUGAUUAGUAAGAUAAUACUAUAAGUAAAAGUUAAAAUCAUAUAUACCACAAUAAAAGGUCAGACAGUCUGAAUUAUUUGAUUAAUAAAUUGAAUGGGAUCAUCAUUGAUAUUCGGUACGGUUAGUUAAGAUGGCCGACUACGUCAACAAACAGGUGAUUGAAUUAAAAGAAGUUAAUGAAGAAAACCGGAACAGAGCAACGAGGAGCGUGAAGACUGAGACCCAUCUCUCAGAUGGAAGACUAAAACUCUACAGGCUGGCUGCUGUGUGUUUAGGAGUGCUGUGUGUUCUUCAAGUCACUCUCAACAUCUACCUGAGACUGGCUUUCUAUAACAGUGGCAAUGUGACUGAAGAGAGAGACCAGCUACAAACCAGUUACAACACACUGACUAAAGAGAGAGACCAGCUAAAACCCAUUUACAACAUUCUGACUAAAAAGGGAGAACAGCCACAGACCACUUACAACACCCUGACUAUAGAGAGAGACCAGCUACAGAAGGAAAGAGAUGAUCUCAUGAGAAAGUUUUCUAUUCUGAAACAAACCUGUCCUGAAGGCUGGCAGAAGUUUGAAUCCAGUUGGUACUUCCUGUCUACUGUGAAAAAACCCUGGGGGGAGAGUAGACAGGACUGUCUGGAGAGAGGAGCAGAUCUGGUGAUCGUAAACAGUGCUAAGGAACAGGAGUUUCUCUUCAGCUUCAAUAAGAGAGCCUGGAUUGGUCUGACUGACUCUGUUACUGAGGGGGCCUGGAAAUUUGUGGACGGCACCCCACUGACCACGCCAAGUUACUGGCACUCACAGCAGCCUGAUAAUGGUGGUGACAACCCAGCAAAUCGGAAGGAGGACUGUGUUGAGCUGAACACGGAAACAUGGCGUCCUGUAAAGGCAUGGAAUGACCUGUCAUGUUUACUCAAUCGUUACUGGAUUUGUGAGAAAGUGGUUUAACAUCACCAUGACAACAGAGGAGGCUGGUGGGAGGACGCGCACACAUACAGCACCUUACAGUGCACACAACUUCAUUCUCUCUCUCUCUAAGACACACCAACACACUGUAGGUACUGCACUGAGGGGCAAAACAACCUGAUAAUGGUGGUGUACCAAGAUAUAACUAGGACUGUGCUGAUGUUACUAUUGGGUAUUCUGAACCUGUAUAUAAAUAUUAUGACAUAUCAUUUACCUCUCAACAUAACUGGAUUUGUGAAGAGUUAUACAGUAGCUCAUUAUAUAGUAGUGCUACAGUGCUAAUGCAUCUCUCUCUGGUUAAACAGUGUGUAGACAUACUGUCAUCUGUAAAAUGCUUGCUGGGCUUUAAACCCAGCAGGCCCGCCGGCUUUUGUGCUUGUUUUUUUUGUUUAUGGUGUGUGAAUAUUUUGUGGAUUUCAUUUUUCCGAACAGUUUUGUUGGACUGGGUCUUUAUGCACCCUUGUGUGUGUGGCGUGACCUUCUCUCUGUUUUUUGGAAAUAAACGAUCCACAUCUUUGUACUA